AAACUAAUCCACCACAAUCGAUACCUCCAAAUCAUCAACAAGCUUUUACAUAUAUUGUACCCAUCACAACACUGACACAAACCUCCGUGUAAGAUAUAUGCUUUGUAAUUUAAGGUGAGGUAAAGAUGUCGGAUAUGAAAGACGCACUCCUGCUGGGAUCAGAAGGAAUUAAGAAAACCAUCCUGCAUGGAGGGAGUGGAGACAUUCCAAAGUUCGUCACAGGAGUGAAGGUGACCUUCCACUUCCGCACGCAGCUGUGUGACGACGAGCGCACGGUGAUAGAUGACAGCAAAGCGGUUGGAACACCCAUGGAGAUAGUGAUUGGCAACAUGUUUAAACUGGACAUCUGGGAGACCCUGUUGUCCUCUAUGAGGAUCGGUGAAGUGGCGGAGUUCUGGUGUGACACCGUUCACACUGGUGUCUAUCCACUGGUGUCCAAAAGCAUGCGACGCAUCGCUGAGGGCAAAGACCCAGUCGACUGGCACAUCCAUACGUGCGGCAUGGCCAACAUGUUUGCCUACCACAGCCUUGGCUAUGAAGACCUGGAUGAGCUGAUGAAGGAACCGAAGCCGCUCUACUUCGUCUUGGAGCUGCUCAAGGUGCAGCAGCCCAGCGAGUAUGACAGGGAGUCGUGGGCUCUGAGUGAUGAGGAGAGGCUGAAGGCCGUUCCCGUGCUGCACGGCCAGGGAAACAAACUCUACAAACAGGGACGUUACCAAGAAGCCACACAGAAAUACAAGGAGGCCAUCAUCUGCAUUAAAAAUGUUCAGACCAAGGAGAAAGCAUGGGAUGUCCCAUGGAUGAAGCUGGAGAAGAUGGCCAACACUUUAACACUUAACUACUGCCAAUGUUUGCUCCGCAUGGAGGAGUACUACGAGGUCAUUGAGCACACAACCGACAUUAUCAAUCAGCACCCAGGCAUAGUUAAGGCCUACUACCUGCGAGGGAAGGCCCACGUGGAGGUGUGGAACGAGGCGGAGGCCCGGCAGGAUUUCAGCAGGGUGCUGGACCUGAACCCGGGCAUGAAAAAGGCUGUCAAGAAGGAACUGGCCAUACUUAACAUGCGUAUGGAAGAGAAGAACGAAGAAGACAAGCUCAAAUACAAAGGCAUGUUUUGACCUGAUGAGACUGAGAGCUGAUCGACUAAAGAAGAAUUCAGCUGUUAAGUAUCAAACCUCUGCACAGGAUACUCACCUACAUGAGAGUAUCUGAUAAAAUGAUCCAUCUUAUAAACUGCAAGGUUGUAUCAAACUCCAAAUUAUAUCUGACAAUGUGUGUAAAAAUUAAAGGAAGGACUUUUCACUGUUAAAACCUGACUCAUUGUGGUUCAUAUGUUGUGGAUUUGCAUUAUGAUUAAAUUGUAAUUAAUAUUUGUUUGUAUUUCUACUCCAUUGUUAAGCAUGGCCAAAUUAUGUACCCAAAUUCUAUAAGUCAGAUUAAAGAGUAGAAUAACUGGCUUUAACGCUUAAACAGCUGAUGUAAUACUCUUACUAAACCUCUUAAACUAAAGCUGAAAGUCUGUACUUUAGUCAUAUCUUGAUUAUCUGAUUUAAACUCCAUUGUGUUGGUGUACAAAAUUACAAAACCUUGUGGACCAAACUGUAUAUCCCUGAAGCCAGAAGUCAUUUAGCACAAAGCCUGGGAAGGAAGAGAGAUCUUCCAGCAAAACGGAAAAACUUUGGUUAUAAUUUGUGUCCUUUGGACUAACCUGGUUGUUUUUUAACCAUUUUCCUGUCAUUUAUAUUCCAACCAUUUGCUGGUUAUAAUAACUUGGCAUUUGCUCUAUACUAUGGAGACAUGGUUGUGGUUAUCUUAGUUUUUAAAGGCCACAAAGAAAGGGAGUACAUUUAUUUUCCACAAAUUAAAAUAUUUUUAAAACUA